UGGAUUCUUGGUUUUUCCCACAGCAUGGCUCCCAAACACCAGUCUUCACUUCCACCUCAAGCGAAGAAACCAAAGAAAGUGAGACUGACUCCUGCCUCCAGGGCAGGGGAAACAUCUGCUUCUCCAAACUUGCCAAAGGAAGAAAAAGAACAGCAAGAAGAAAUUGAACAUAUUGAUGAAGUACAAAAUGAAAUAGACAGAUGUAAUGAACAAGCCAACGCGAAGAUUUUGAAAGUAGAACAGAAAAAUAACAAACUCCGCCAACCAUUUUUUCAGAAGAGGUCAGAAUGGACUUCCAAAAUCCGAAAUUUUGGUGUAACAACAUUUGUCAACCAUCCACAGUUGUCUGUACUGUUUGUGCAGGAGGGUGAAGAGGCACUGCAUUAUUUGAUAAGAGUUGAAGUAAGAGAAUUUGAAAAUAUUAAAUCAGGUUAUAGAAUAGAUUUUUGUUUUAAUGAAAACCCUUACUUUGAAAAUAAAGUUCUCUCCAAAGAAUUUCAUCUGAAUGAGAGUGGUGAUUCAUCUUCAAAGUGCACUGAAAUCAAAUCGAAAUCCAGAAAGGAUCUGAUGAAAAGUUCAAGCCAAACGCAGAAUAAAGCCAGCAGGAAGACACAGCAUGAGGAACCAGAGAGCUUCUUCACCUGGUUUCCUGAUCAUUCUGAUGCAGCUGCAGAUGAGUUAGGAGAGGUCAUCAAAGAUGAUAUUUGGCCAAAUCCAUUACAGUACUACUUGGUUCCUGACGUGGAUGAUGAGGAAGGGGAAGAAGAAGAUGAUGAUGAUGUUAAAGAAGAAGAAGGAUUGGAAGAUAUUGAUGAAGAAAGGGAUGAGGAUAAAGGUGAAGAAGAUGAAGAUUAUGAGGAGGAGGAGAAAGGAGAGGAAGAUGAAGGAGAAGAUGACUAAUGGAACACUGAUGGAUUCCAACCUUCCUUUUUUAAUUUUCUCCAGUCCCUGGGA